UUAAACAGCGGGGGAGGCUGGUUCUGGAAAGAGACUUUGGGCUUAAAAUUGUCACUAAAUAAACGUAGGCUCUCUUCCGGUGGAUGUGGCGGAGAAGCGGGAUGUCCUUGGUAAUGAUGACGCGCUUGGUGUGGAUGGCGCGCGGGUUUUUGCUCCAAGUAAGGCCUCGCAGGCCCUCCUGCAGCUCCAUAAUCGCUGAAUGCUGAAGGCCCAGAUCAAUGUUUAAGCCGCUGAAGCUGCACGUUGAGGAUCAGCAGCACGAUUGACUUUUCUGGUAGAGGCGGAUCUCCCGCAGUGCCACGGUGGCCGGCCGGUAGCAAUACGGCUUCACGCCGCCCGUGACGGCGCGCUCUUCCGGGCUGCUUUGGUGGCUAGCUGCUUGGCGCCGGUGGACUUGCGAGUUGUCUGCCUGGAACGAGCCGUUACAAAUUCCAGGAAAUACCUGGCUGAUGGGAAAAGUGGAACCACUUUCUGCCCCUAUAUAGUCCUGUUCUGAUUGGAUAAGGCUGUAGUUUCUCAGAAAAGCUCGCCCUGGUGGCGAUGUUCACAGUCAAGCUACUACUGUUAGUUCUACCCUUUUCUCCGCAUAUCUUACCCGAAUUUGUUACUAUGGCUGUGCUUAUGCCUGUGCUGAAUAAAAUGUUUAAAUGAUGGCUCCCGAAACGGACUUUUUGAUUACCUACCUAUUUUAAAAGGCGGGCGCAGAAAUAUUGGCGAAGAGAUGGUUAGAUUAUAGAUAAUUAAGUUCUUCAUUCAUGGCAUCAUAUAAAAUGCACAGUAUGGGUCUAAAUUAAGUUCUUCAUUCAUGGCAUCAUAUAAAAUGCACAGUAUGGGUCUAAAUUUCGUAUUUCCAGUAAUGACUGCAAACAAGCAGUAUGAGGAAAGUGUAAGCCCUUUCUAUUGAAUAGUUGGUGGCUCUGAAAAGAGCCUUUGGUUUAAGGGAUAGUCUCGAGAGAGAUCCAAGAUUCUGGCUAAUUUUUCAGGUUUACUUGCCCUUAGCCUUGUGGUGGCUCUCAGUCUUCUUGGGCAGCAGCACGGCCUGGAUGUUGGGCAGGACGCCACCCUGCGCAAUGGUGACUUUACCUAGCAGCUUGUUGAGUUCCUCGUCGUUGCGAAUGGCCAGCUGCAGGUGACGCGGAAUGAUGCGAGUCUUCUUGUUGUCGCGGGCUGCGUUGCCCGCCAGUUCCAAGAUCUCGGCAGUCAGGUACUCCAACACAGCUGCCAGGUACACCGGGGCGCCAGCUCCGACACGCUCGGAGUAGUUGCCCUUACGGAGAAGACGGUGUACGCGGCCCACGGGGAACUGGAGCCCGGCUCGAGAAGAACGAGUCUUGGCCUUGGCGCGAGCCUUGCCACCUUGUUUGCCGCGGCCAGACAUUUUAAAUCUCUAGAAACAGAAACUAAAGACGAGAAAACUUUGACAAUGUAAAUUUCCCCAGCAAGUGAGGAACUGUUAUACUUGAAACCCGGAUUGUGGAUUACGGCUUUUGAUUGGCUAAAAUAAUUUUUAAGAUUGUAGCCAAUUAAAAAGGAGAACGACAGUCACAUAAUUUGCAUACCACCUUACAACCCGGAACAAAAUAGUUUAAGCUUUUGUAACACUACAUCUGCGUAGGAGCCCUCAAAUAUUACAACUGCUGGCCAUAAUAGUUUAUUAUUUCUAACCUAUAAACAUAGUUUUUAUCUGCCAUGCCUGAACCAGCCAAGUCUGUGCCUACUCCUAAGAAGGGCUCCAAGAACGCGGUGACCAAGGCACAGAAGGACGGCAAGAAGCGCAAGCGCAGUCGGAAGGAGAGCUACUUGGUUUACCUGUGCAAGGUGCUGAACCAGGUCCACCCCGACACCGGCAUCUCGUCCAAGGCCGUGGGCAUCAUGAAUUCUUUCGUCAGCGACAUCUUCGAACGCAUCGCCGGGGAGGCAUGGCGCCUGACGCAUUACAGCAACCGUUGGACCAUUACCUCCAGGGAGAUCCAGACAGCUGUGCGCCUGCUGCUGCCGGGGGUGUUGGCUAAGCACGCAGUGUCCGAGGGCACUAAGGCUGUCACCAAGUACAGCAGCUCCAAGUAAACUUGCCAAGUAACCAUCUUUACAUUUAAACCCCAAAGGCUCUUUUCAGAGCCAAAAAAUUUCUCUAAUUAAGAAUGGUAGUGUUUUUCUAGACAUUUUCGUUGUGAAAAGAUGAUGCAUGUGAAACGACUUCCAGAUCUAGAAAAUAUAGGCUUAUGCUAUAGCAAAAUUACAAAAAAGACCCUUGUGUUUUCUGCAUUAUUUUCUAUAUUGGGCUUAUUGUGAUUCUGCCUCCAAAAGUAGAAACUCCCAGCAAGUUUAGGCUGCAAGCUUGGCCCCAGUCCUUACACAGGCUGUGCUGUAAGCUGAAAAACUCCGUGGAUAGUAUGCAAAUACCCUUUCUAAGUAAUGUCAACAGCCAUCCUGUUUCCCUCAAUCAAUUGUCUCUUAGGAUUGUAGUUUCUCUUUCACAUGUUGACUUUGUUCUUUUGGCUUUCAGAACCCUAAUCCAACUAUCUGGUAUUUAUCAAAUGGCCUUUACAACUGAAUUUCCCAAUCUCAGAACUCAUGCUUUUUUUGGUUGUUGGGGACUGGUAAAAGAAGGUUUUGGUAGGGAGUUGGGAAUGGUUGCUUCCUACUCCUACAUCUUGCAGCUAUAUUUUAACUAUACUUACUCCUAAAAGUUGUUAAAUGAUUGAUAAGAAACCUUAUAUACAUACUUUUAUUUGUAAAGAGCUGGUGUGAGCUGAUGUGUCAUACGGGAGAAUGGCUAUGGUUGGAGCUUUUUUACUUGCACAUGGGCCAAUUUAUCUAAGGAAGCCUGUGUUACCUGUUUAAGGUUAAACUGGCAUAUACCACUUAUAUUUUUCCGUGAUUAUUUUCUUUUAUACUGAAUAUUCUAUGGAUUUUCAUUUGCCAUUUCUCCAUGGGUUAUUUUAUACAAUUUGUCUGAAUCUAAAAGACAUCACUUAUUGUAGCAAGUAAGUUGUGUUGUUGAUUUUCAGUUGUUAGGCAGGCAAAGGUGGGGUGUGAUAGGGUAAGGAUAGGAUGGGUUAUCCACUUUGAUUUCUUUGCCUAUUGUCAUCAGCAAGGACCACAAAUACUAUAAUGUUAUCCAUAGGAUGUGACACAAACUGUCUUUUCCCUAUCACUUCUUGGUUCCCCUCAAUCUCAUGCCAAAUCAUAUCCCUUCUCUUUGAUCUGCUCUUCAAAAAGGAUGAGACCAAAAUUCAGUUCCUUGCAAAAUGGGCCUCUCUUCAUGGGACAGCUUACAAAAUGGGAGUUGGCUUCUUUCAGAGACAAAAAAGGAGAGAGCAAGAGGAAAUCUAGAGUCCUUUUGUUGCUUAAGUAAUCUAAAAAAAUGGCAUUCUAUCACUUUUGCUAGAUUCUAUUCACUAGAAGCAAAUCAAAGCUCCAGCCCACACUCAAGGGCAUUAAUAACAGAAAGCUGGACUCACUGGGAGACAUUUUAGAUGCUGCCUGACAGAGAGACUAAUAGAAAAAGAUUGAAGUGACGGUAUGUCACUUCCAAGAUUUGAUUAUAAAAUAUAUUGCUGUUUCUGUUUGGUUCUCUCACUUUGUUGGAUCACUAGUUCUUGGAGAGCAGGCUGAGAGUCCUGUUGGUUUAAAAACUGAGGUCUUCUUUCUCUACUUCAGAUACCUCCUACCCACCAUCCCAAACCUCUUUACACUGUAUAGGUACAGGGGCUAGUAUUCUGCAAACCACCACCACUACCCCCCUUUUUUUUAACCAUAUGGAUCCCUGUUAUGUUCUUCAAUUAGGGGACACAAGGGAUGCUGGAGAGGAGGAGGUCAGAGAAGGAACUUUCUAUUCCUGUCUGUAUCACCCCAGUAAUGAUCUUUCACCCGGAAGCAGCAUUUGGUUCCAAUUUCCAGCUUACUUUCCUAUACUUCUAGAACCCGCUUCAUUUUAUUCCCUCAGAGUUCUCUCCUCCAGGCUUCUAGGCUCUAAUAACCCUAAUCUUUUCCUUUGUGCCCCCAGCUCUACGCGUGGCUGUUGCUUUCUUCAGUGAUCUCAAACACAUCAGGGUCUGGUUUUUUCACUCUUCCAAUACCUAGGUAAAUUUUAUUAAAUUAUAGUUCUUAAAAUAGGUGACAGUUUUCUGUUUUCCUUACUGGGCCAUGAAUGACACAAGGCUUCAAGCCUCCCUUGAUUUAAAGGGCUGUUACUCCUUUCCAUUUUAAAGCAUUUGUUUAUUGAACUCUCUCUGACAACACCAGACACUUUGAUUAUCAGAUGCGCCAUUGCCCCAGUCCUCAAGAAGCUCACAAUCUGGGCAGGGAUUAUGGACGUCUAUUCCCAGAGGUAAGUAAAUCAUUUAUUCUAGGACUGUGAGGUUUUUUUGUUUGUUUGUUUUGUUUUGUUUUGUUUUGGGGGAAGUUUACAGGUCUUUAGGAUAUGGAAUUUCCUCCCCUAGCCUAACCAAGCUUCCCUUUUUGGUGGUUGACCCAGUCAGGACACAUCAACUUUACAAAUAAAGAAUCCACCAGGAAAAGAAAUAUAACCUUAUGUUAGAGAGAGGAG